GUUCUCCCGAUAAUUGCGCAAGUUAAGGUCAAUGUCAAUUUCUGUGACCCGAAAUUAUUUCCAUGAGUUGUUAAGUUAAUAUAGGUUUAAAAUGGUUACUAGUAGUUUUUUGAGGCUCACUGCAUCAGUAAUUUUCUGGAAUCGCAAUCGAUGCAAUUGCUUUAUAAAAAGAGCUUGCAGUACUAAUCAUCCAGUGGAAUAUGUUGAAAAGUCUAAAAGUCACGUUGUGGAAACCGAAGCAGAGAAAAAGUUUAAGUAUGUAAUGAGUAAAGUUCCACAGCCAGUUGUAGUUGUAACAACUGCUAAAGAAUCAAAUGAUGAUCAAUUGAUAAAAAGAGGAGUGACUUGUAGUUCUUUUACAAGUGUAUCUUUAAAGCCGCCAAUCAUAUCAUUCUGCAUGAAUAGGCCAAGCCGAAUGCACGAUUUACUAUUACAAACUGAGCUAUUUGCCGUACACGUUUUGGCUAAGGACCAAGUUGAUUAUGGAAUACAUUUUUCAAAAGCAUCUCUGAAUGGAAAAAACCAAUUUGAAGAAAUUCCCCAUAUAAUCAAUAAACAAAAUUUGCCAAUAAUUGAGAAUACAAGCGCAGUUCUGCUCUGUAACUAUCAUUCGGUGACAACAAUAGGUGAUCAUCACGUAUGGUACGGCUUAGUACGCAAUGCAGUUGUAAAUAAUCAAUCUGAAGAAGCUCUUUUAUAUUAUUCGAGAUCUUUCCACUCGAUUGGAGAUGAAGCUUUUAUGCAAGCUUUUGAGAAUAAAACUUUACCAUUUAAAGAUUGGACUCAUGAAGGUCAUUUACGAUUAGCCUGGAAUUAUAUUCGGUUAUAUGGAAAAGAGAAAGCUACGCCUUUAAUUAGAGAAGGAAUACAAAGAUAUAACGAAGAGAAUAAAGAUAAAAUUAAGCACGGAUAUAAUGAAACAAUAACCCAGUUCUACAUUUUUCAUGUGUCAGAAGCUAUUAAUCGCUAUGGUCACCCAGAUAUAACUUUUGAGGAGUUUUUACGCUUAAAUUCACAUUUAAUCGAUCCCCAACUCCCCUUCAAGUAUUAUUCUCUUGGAGUAAUACAAUCCAGUCAUGCUAAGGAAACUUUCGUCGCACCAGAUAAACAGACUCUAGUUUAACCUAAUAAAAUUUUUUUAACAAUAUCUGUUAUU